UCAUAGACACGUAGCCGCUUCCAACGGCCGGCUUUAUAAGCCGUUCGGAUUGGUUAAGGGCAGUGGGCGGGGCUGAUGGUGGACCACUUCCGAUUGCGGAAGGGAGCCGGAGCGGCGUCUACGCUUGGCGCAGCCCCUCCCCCAGCUUGGGCGUUUUGACCAGUCAAGGCUGCCAUGCCUGUUCAGCCUCUGCCCAAGGAGAUGGAGGGGGAAGGCGAUUCUGCCGCGGAAAUGAACGGCGAGGAAGAGAGCGAGGAUGAACGCAGUGCCAGCCAGUCAGAAUCCGAAGAGGAGAGUUCAGAAAUGAACGAUGAAGAUUAUGAACGGCGACGGGUGGAAUGCAUGAAUCAGAUGCUCGAUUUGGAGAAGCAGUUCUCUGAAAUCAAAGAGAAGCUUUUUAAGGAGCGCCUGAAUCAGGUGAAGGCCAAGUUGGAAGACGUGAUGUCAGGAAAAGCCGUGGAAUACCUUGACCCCCUGGCCGUCUUGCAGAACCACAUGCAGAUCCAGAUUGAAGUGGCUGGGAUAUAUCGAGGGUUCUGCCUGGAAGUCAUCAAGCACCGACAUCGAUGUGAGCUGCAAGGCGCACAGCAACAUCUGGAGAGUGAGAAACUGCUGCUGUUCGACAGCCUUGAGGAACGCCUGUUGGAGCGCAUCCAGCGUUUGGAAGACGACAGGCACAGCGUGGGCCUCACUUCUGAGUGGUGGGAUGGCUGGGAUUCCCUCUGGCCCGGCAAGAGGAAGAAACCGCCACUGGUGUCCGGCCCAUACAUCGUUUACAUGCUGCACGACAUCGACAUCAUGGAAGAUUGGACCGCCAUCAAAAAGGCAAAAGCCGCUGUCUCCCCUCCAAAGAGGAAGGCUGAAGGCCCACUGAAGGCUGAGAAGCUGUCCUCCCCUCCCCUCUUCGCCGCGCACUGUGAAGAUGGCCACCUUCACUAUGACGGCGAGGUCUACGUCAAAGGGCAAAGCAUCUUCUUGCAAGUGGGAGAUGAGGCACCUGUCCAGGCCGUGAUCACCGCCAUCAGCACAGGGGAAGUUUGGCUGCGCAGAGAAGAUGGGAGCAAAACCAAAAUCUACGUUUCCCAACUCCAAAAAGGCAAAUAUUCAGUACAGAAAGCUUAGCAUAUCCCAUGUGGUGGGGGCCAGGGGCUUUGGCUGCCCACCUCUUCCAAAACCAUCAUGGACUCUUUCCCGGACAAGGAGGGGACCCCGCCACAGCAGGCAACCUCCCCAAGCCGGCUCGGGCUGGGGCCACAGAAAUG